GUGUAUGAUGAGUUCGGAUGAAUAGUGCAGCGCCGCCUGGUGGUGGGUUUAAUAUGACUCGUCCUUUCUUCCCUGCGCGUCUCGUUCCUUCCAAUGACCGUGCAAGAAGAAAUGCGGCUAGUGAGGUUUCGGGCUUCGCGGGGGCGCAGCGUGUCACCGGCGAGCCGCGGCGUAAAAUGACCGUCAGACAAAGACGCGGCGACAUCUGAGCGCGUUCGAGGACAGACGCGGCGACGAUGAAGACGACGAGGCGAGCGCAGCCCGCUUUACCGCAGUGGAUGCGCAUGUAUUUCUACGGGAUGCACGGAGUCACGCUGGACGUCCUGCAGUCCUCCGCGCGCCGGUUCCUGGGUGACCGCGACUUCAGACUGCUGGGCUUCUCCUCUCCGUAUCUGUGCGUCGUGCACUCCAUUGCGCAUCUGGUUCUGGAGAAGAUCUACCUGCAAAAAAGAUGCUUCCGAGAGCGACCCGUCGUCUUUCACCUCGUUUUCUACCCUUCCUUGUACAUCUGCCUGCAGAUCUUAAUAGAGAGCGUGGUGACCUGCACCGAGAACAUCAGAGCGGUUUCCGUCACGCAGCUCCUUGUGCAUUACAUCCUGGCUUUGUACUUCACGAAUGUCUUUCAUAAGGGCUUCCUGAGUCUGCAGUACCAGGAAAAGCGGGUGUUAUUGAGGUCGUCCCGCCCGAACGGGUUACCCGGCGUCCUGCGCUUCGCGUUCUUUGGGAUGCACGGCUUUCUGGACGAGGUGCUCUUCACUUCUGUGUUUAACUUGUUCGAGAAAGCGGACGGGUUCUUGAGGGGCCACACGUCCCUGUGGUCCUUCCUCAUGUAUGGGAGCUGCAGCUUCGUGGUGGAGAAGCUCUACCUCCACCUGCACUUCAGGAGAGGAUGGGGAACCUUGCAGCGGCUCCCCAUCUACAUCUGCUUCAUCUACACGUGGGAGUUCAGCUGGGGCUUCGCUCUGAGGCGGUAUGACGCCUGUUCCUGGGACUAUUCCCACUAUCCUCUCAAUUUUAUGGGGCUGGUGACGUUGCUGUAUCUUCCAGGAUGGGUCUGCCUGAGUCUGUAUCAAGACGUCUUGUCGAAUGUUCUUCUGAGGGUUGUGUGCAAUGACAGGAAUGAUGAGGAGAUGCCGAACGCUGGCUCCAAUGGACGCCUGCUGCCCAAAGGGAAGCUGGAGAAAGACUAAAUGCAUGUGGGCACGUUUUCCUAAUAUGUCCUCCUGGGACCAGCGGAAAGGCUCUUGAACGAGGAGGUCAGGGCUAGUUGUCACUCCAGGUUUAAUUGAAGUCGUCUUCCGUGUCGAGAUGCUCCUAGAAUGUAGUGGAAAAAAAUAUAUAGGUAAUUUUUUGGGGCAAGUUGUCACAACGAGAACCCGAUUUUUUGCUAUAUUUAAAUACUAAAAUAAUUGUGAAGCACAAAAUAGCAUGAAACAUAGCCAGUAGCAUUAUAGAUUAUAGUAUUCAGAUAAAGCAUAUUAGCAAUUUUAUAGUAGAUAAUAACACUACAAUAUUAGCGAUAUUCGUAUUGAAUAAAUAUAUAUAUGACAUUUUAUAAUUUUUAUAUUGAUUUAAUUUAUAAACGUUUGUAAUUACACAUUCAAAUGAUAAAUAAUAAUACUAAUAAUAUAUAAUUAUAUCAUUUAAUUUAUGAUUGACCACAUUAGGAGAGCUUGCCCUGGUAAAAAAAAAAAUAUAUAUAUAAAAAAUAUAUAGUAUCAACUUUUGCUUGAGAACAGCAUUUUAAAAAAAUAUAUUAAAACAAACAGCUGGACUACAUGUGUGACAACUAGCCCGUCUCCUCCGACUUUAUUUGAAUGUAUCUAUCGUAUGAGGUCACAUGAUGUAGUUUCUAAAUGGUUUAGUAAUAAUUCGCCUUACUGGCCCAAAAAGAUUUGACAGAAAAGCCCAGGAUGUGAACACGCGGACAGACUCGCACGCUCUCAGAGGCAUAAACGUAAGAAAACCCACAACUUGCUGCUCCUCAGGGGGGUUUUGUACCAGCGUCACGCCCUCAGAGAAACGUUUCCUCCGAGAAACGAGGGUAGCUGCGUUAGCAGCCUUAAUGUGCUUUAAACCUAAUGUGUUCAAGACGAACCUCGCGGACUUCACGAAUUACUAACGCAAAUAACACCGCUGGGCUUUGAUGGUUAUCGAGUAUUGGCCGUCUGGGUGAUGGUUUUACUGCAUGAUGGGGUUUAUGAGGACGGUCUCCCCUCGUAACUGCAUGCGUCGGGAUUUUUUUUUUUGCAUGUGGAGACCGCGGCAUUGGUCCUGAUAAUGAGCCGCUCUGCUCGGACCGUAGCGAACCGAUUGUGAGAUAAACUGUGACUCUUCCUUUAGCUUUGAACGGGACGAGAGCAACCGAGUGCCUUCAUUAACACUUCCAGGCAGCUGGACUUCUGUAACUCUUUUGAAAUAUUGCAUCCGCACCGAAACGGGUUCAGGCGUGUCUCGGUUCAUCUGCGAUUAAAAACCAGGCCUCGGGGUGCGGAGUUAAAGAAAACCGAUUUCACUCACGGCAGCUAAAGCCGAGCAUCUCUCAGAGUAUUGAGGCUUUCUCGAUGGUCCAACUUUAUUAAACACGUGAGCACCGCGCACUGUGAAUGACUACCGUGACCUCUCACAAAAGAGCGGUUAUUCCUCGUCUUCGAGACAAAUUAGUCACGAUUUGUUUGAGAGAAACUGCCAAAGCUUAGAAUAAUGAAUUCUU